AUGGAGGCAGAGUAUUUUUUCAUAUUGCUUUCUUUUGUUUUACACAUUGUUAGCUGUAUUCCGGAUUCAGAAUUUUACCCUUUUGGCCGUGCGGUGCUUGACCAUGAUUUCCCAAAGAAUGACGAUGGGAGUUCAUCAAGGGUCAAUAUCAGUACCCUCUUCCCUUUCUUCAACAGCCAACACGACUCCCUAUACGUCAAUACAAACGGCGCAAUAUCCUUUCAACAAACAUUGAACCAAUUUACGCCAGCUCCCUUCCCACUCAACGACCAUCGUAGCAUCGUGUCACCAUUUUGGGCAGACGUUGACAUACGGAAUGGCGGUACCGUGUGGUAUCGCGAAACAACAGCUCCCGAUAUCCUACAGCUAGCAACCAAUGAAAUCCGUUUGUAUAACCCGGAUCAGCUUUACUUCCAUGCCAGCUGGGUAUUCAUACCAACAUGGGACAACGUAGCGUUCUACGGGGCGUCAAGUGUCGGUCGAACUAAGAGAAACACGUUCCAGGCUGUUCUCAUUACAAAUGGCCUUCACUCUUUCACCGUGUUUAACUACGCUAAAGUAACGUGGACCACGGGGUCUGCCAGUCAUGGUGACUUGAACACAGGACUGGGAGGGACUCCAGCCCAGGUCGGUUUUAAUGGUGGUGACGGAGUCAAUUUUUACGCAUUACCUGAAUCCCGAACGCCAGCUAUCAUCAAUCUUCCUCGCAUGUCUAAUGUGAAAACGAAUGGGAAAUUCGUAUUCCGGAUUGACACUGCUAGCAUUGAGAACGGCGGAUGUAAUACUGGAGAUUAUCGUACCUCCCGGAACUGUCAGCAGGCAGACGCCCGACAGUGUUACCGACUCAACAAUCCAGGACCUAAUGGAUCAGGUCGUCUGUGUUGUUACGAUUACCUGGGUAACCUUAUGGAUGCCAAGUCUGUGUCCGGGGGAGGCACUGCACACCGAUUCCACUACUUUGGGGGACCUGGCAGCGUCCCUUAUUUAUCUACUCUAGUAUUUGACACGUCACCUUACUUCCAUUGUUGUAAGUACAUACGGGAUACUGCAGGACUAGCUCUGUGUGCCCGGCUACUACAACAACGUCCACAGGGUGACUGUAAAAACUAUCAACCCAUAAGGCCAGCACGACUGAAUGGUGAUUCCCACUUCACCACACUGGAUGGGUUGUCAUACACCUUCAAUGGCGUUGGAGAAUUCAUACUGCUAAAACGCAUCAGUGACGCAUUCUCCGCUCAAGUCCGAAUGGAACAGGUGGCUGGUCCGGAUGGCUCUUUGCGACAGGCGAGUGUGAUAACCUCUUUCUCAGCGAAACGAUUCAGCAUGCCAAAUACGGUAGAGGUCCGGCUGAAUUCCAUCAGGGUGGCCGAUGUCCUGGUAAAUGGUGAAAUAGUGGACUUUAUCAAUUACAGAUCUCUACACUUCAAUGGUGUUUCAACAAGGAUGACCGAACGGAACAACACAGACGGAUCAUUAAAACAGAUCACCGUUAUCUUCACUGAGCCCAUCCUGGCAUUUCGCAUUCUGGCCUAUCGUUCAUUUCUCAAUGUCAUCAUCGUAUCGGGGUCGGACAGCUUACGAGGGAGAGUACGCAGACAUAAUUCCCUGUUCACAUACCCUAUCGGUAAGUCCUACUCAACAUUCCAGAACGUGGCUUUUACUCCUUUGUUCCAAACGCCUGUUCAAACGAUCGCACCAGAAGCACGGAAUAUAUGUGGUCAUGAUGAAUUUUGUCUUUACGACUACCACGCCACCGGACGGGCGGAUAUUGCAGGUGCAACAAGGGCUGCUUCUCAGACAUUCAAAAGCAUACAGCUACAAGCAAAACCAGUUAUUGUAUGUGAUCGGCCUCUCGAUGUCGCAUAUGGUUACUGGAAUAGUACCGGCUUAGUCGUGAAUUCCACUGCUGUUCUCAUUUGUGAGGAGGGCAGACGACCUAACACUUCUGACGUCAUAUCCUGUACAGCAGACGGGACAUGGAGACACAUCAGUGUGGAGUGCAUAGAAAUUCGUUGCGAAGCACUUCCCCACAUUCCAUCUGGACAAUGGUUGGCAUCAAACUACACGAUGGGAGCCAUUGCGACUCUGCAAUGUGAUGUCGGGUCAAAUUUGAACGGAUCAGGUGUGACGACAUGUGAUGAAGUCGGCAUGUGGAAUCCCAAUGGACAAACCUGCGUUAAAGUUGAUUGUGGUCCACUUCCGUCCUUCCAAAAUGGGCGAUGGGUCAGCAAUGGAACAACCUUUGGACAUACAGCCAUCUUGGAAUGUGAUGAGGGGACAGAGUCUGUGGGUAGCACAAAUGUCCAUUGUGGGGUCACUGGAACGUGGGGAAUUGGCACACAAACUUGUACUACCAUCAACUGUGGACCACCAAAUCACGUGGUAAAUGGACUGUGGACUGGCGGAGAUUACAUAUAUGGAUCUCUAUACCAUCUGAUUUGUAAGACCGGAACUAUUCUGAUAGGAAAUGAAACGGUCAACUGCACAGCUCAUGGCGAGUGGUCAAGUACCGGACAAAGAUGUGUUGAUGUUGAUUGUGGAGAUUUGCCGCCGGUGACAUAUGGACAGUGGAUAAGUAACGGGACAACGUUUGGCCAUAUAGCCUUUCUGCAGUGUGAAGAAGGGAGACAACCUAGUGGCCCAGGAAACGUCAGCUGUGUUCACGUUGGAAAUUGGGGUGUCAACAAUCAGACAUGUGAACGUGUCUCCAGUCGUUCCGUGAGAGUAGGCGGAAUAAUAGGCGGUGUCAUAGGCGGGAUCACAGCCGCAAUAAGCGUGACAUGUGUGGUGGUCAUCAUAGUAGUCACCAAGAACCGUCGCAGAAAACGCAAAGCUUCAGCUACCUUCUCGUAUGUUCUGGAGUGUGACAAGCAAAUGAAAGCAAACACUGUAACACAAUUACACUGUCAGCGAAUAACUGAAAACUAA